AACCGCCGGCCGAGCGGGCCUCCAGACCCGGAGCGAGACGUUCCGCCGACCUCCAGCUCCCACACCCGCGCCUGCGCGCUGCAGCUGCCGGGCCCCGUGGAUCCCCGCCGCCGCGCUGGGACCGGGACCGGGACAGGGACAGGGACAGGGACAGGGACAGGGACAGGGACAGGCUCCGGGGCAGCGGCUGGAGACAGGGACCGGGACAGGGACAGGGACCGGCCCGGGGACGGGCCUGAUGGAGCGGCGCCUGGGCCUGGAGUAGGAGGAGUGGGGCCGGGGGCUGGAGUUGGAGCUGGAGCCGGUGCUGGAGCGACACAAACCGGCUUGGCCACCGGCCUUUCCCCGGGGCCCGGCGGAUCACACUGGCCCCGUAGCCGCCCCGCUGUUGCCCCAGAGCCCGGGCCCGCCCGGCGCCGACACCGCAGCGGCCGCAAGGCCCACAGGCCCGGCCCUGGACUAGGCCUCGGCCUCGGGCCCGGACUAGGCCUCCACCACCGGCAUCGACACCGGCCCGGCCGCCGACUCUCCCCCGGGCCCGGCUCCACGACACUCUCUCCCGGCACCGGCUCCGGGGUAGACUCGCCCUCACCCGGGCCCGGGGCCCCCGGCGUCUCCGCUCCAUCUCCCGGGGCCUCCGGGGCCGUCGCCGGCGUCGCUGCCGGGCAAGAGGAGGGGGCAGGCGGCUACAACAGUGAAGAUGAGUACGAGACAGCGGGGAGAGAAGACAUGGAGGACCCGGCACAGCUGGAGCAGCAGGAGCACUGGUUCGAGAAGGCGUUGAGUGAGAAGAAAGGUUAUGUCAUCAAGCGGAUGAAGGAGGAUGGGGCUUGUCUCUUCCGGGCUGUUGCUGACCAGGUGUACGGGGACCAGGACAUGCACGAUGUGGUGAGGAAACACUGCAUGGAUUAUCUGGUGAAGAACGCCGACUAUUUCUCCAACUACGUGACGGAGGAUUUCACCACCUACAUCAACCGCAAGCGGGUCAGCAGUUGUCACGGCAACCACAUCGAAAUGCAGGCCAUGGCCGAGAUGUACAACCCGCCCGUCGAGGUUUACCAGUACAGUGCCCAGGGCCCCGAGCCGAUCAACACCUUCCAUGGGAUCCACCAGACGGAGGAUGAGCCGAUCCGGGUCAGCUAUCACCGUAACGUCCACUACAACUCUGUUGUAAACCCCAACAAGGCCACCAUCGGUGUGGGGCUGGGUCUGCCCGCCUUCAAACCCGGCUCUGCAGACCAGUCUCUGAUGAAGAGCGCCAUCAAGACAUCGGAGGAGUCGUGGAUCGAGCAGCAGAUGCUGGAGGACAAGAAGCGGGCGACCGACUGGGAGGCAACGAACGAGGCCAUUGAGGAACAAGUGGCCAGAGAAUCGUAUCUCCAGUGGCUACGGGACCAGGAGAAGCAGGCCCGACAGUCUCUCCUCCCCCCUCCAGGUCUGGCUGACUGGGAGUGGGACGAUGAGAUUUUUGGCCUCUCUGUCUUGGCCGUGUCACAACAGGAAUACCUGGACAGCAUGAAGAAAGGGCGAGACCCACACAGAGAAGUCUCCGGAUCACAGCUGAUGGACCCCCCCCCCCCCCCCCUCCCCCCGCCCCUUUGUGUAGUGAGUCCUCCCAUUCACCGGGGGCGCACUGCGCUGGUCCUCCCAGUGUGUACUGAGUCCUCCCAGUCACCGGGGGGCGCUGUGCUGGUCCUCCCAGUGUGUACUGAGUCCUCCCAGUCACCGGGGGUCGCUGCGCUGGUCCUCCCAGUGUGUACUGACUCCUCCCAGUCACCGGGGGCGCUGUGCUGA